AUAGCCCUGGAGGGAUGCCCAAACGGUCUACCGUUGACAAAAUCCAUAACUCACCCUCUCUCGAUGAUAAUCGAUCGACAUUCGUUUCAGACAAUACUAGUAACAACUCACUUUGAAGUUAAUGCACCAUGCACAGAAGCGCAACAGGUGCACAUUCAAUUGUGUUCAAAUAUGUUAACUAACCUUUGAAGAGGUUGCACCCAUUUAAACAUUUGCACUAAAACAUUAUAGACGCAGCAGUCAGAAAGAAUGGUAAGACAUAGAGAGAAUAAUUCAAUAGCGAUGUACAACACCCCUUAAUAUUAAUUCACCGAUAGUCGCAUCUAUACAGCCCAGUGUUUUCUUUCCCACUUCACUUGCCUCCAAGCGAGUCCCUGUGAGCCGGGUGACGUCAUGCUGGCACACAGAAGUUGGGAGUAGAAAGCAUGGAAAAGCUAAGUGGGUGAAGCAAGCGGAGUUCUCCACCCUCCGCCUUUUCUGACACUUCUCGUAAAUAUUACAGUUAAGAAGAGCCUUGUUUUUUGUUGGUUUAGACUGGACUCGCUGGGUAGUCCGUCCGAGCGCCGAUCCGGCAGUUCUCUAAACAACUUUGUGCGCGGUGUUGAGUUCCGAGCAACGGUGGAGCUGUUGCCACUCGCCGCUUGUAGACGGAUCUCUAUCCGGUUUUCGCGCUACUGUCCACACUGCCUGGACCUUGUGUGACUCAACGUCCAGGAUUUGCAAAUACUCCAAAAUCCAUCUUGGUAACUAGAAUUUGGUCAUCCUUGGAAAAUAUCAAGUUGGGCGACAUUACAGAAAUCGAAUUGUUUUAAGGAAAACUGUAGGCUAUAUUUCAUUUUUUGAUAUUCUUCAGCUGUUACUUUUGCACCGACAGUGGAUUUUGAUUGUUAAAAUAUAAAACAGUGUAGAACGACACUGUCCAUGAUGAGCAAACCCACCUGUUCAACAAGUGGGUGUUUGGAUAUUCUGAAUGUUAAGUCAAGUCGUAUCUUGGAUAUCCCGUGUAAAGUGUGUGGGGACCGGAGCUCUGGGAAACACUAUGGCGUGUAUGCGUGUGACGGCUGCUCUGGCUUCUUCAAGAGGAGCAUCCGCAGAAACAGAACAUACGUCUGUAAAUCAGGCUGUCAGGGAGGAUGCCCCGUGGACAAAACGCACAGAAACCAAUGCCGAGCGUGUCGCUUGAAAAAGUGUAUCGAAGUGAACAUGAAUAAAGAUGCCGUUCAGCACGAGAGGGGUCCCAGGACGUCCACCAUACGCAAGCAGGUCGCCCUAUAUUUCCGGGGGCACAAAGAGGUGAACGGUUCAUCGACCCACUUCCCGGGCUCGAGCCUACCGGGGCCACCUUUUUUCACUACGGUCACACAAUUGGAGCCACAUAACUUGGAGAUGAGCACAGUAGCCUGCACGCCGGAGAGGCAGGCCAUCGUGGGACUGGCCCAGCCCACCCCGAAGUACCCUCACGAGGUCAGCGGCACGCCCAUGUAYCUCUAUGAGGUUGCCACUGAGUCGGUGUGUGAGUCAGCCGCGCGCCUGCUGUUCAUGAGCAUCAAGUGGGCCAAGAGCGUGCCCGCCUUCUCCACGCUCGCCUUACCUGACCAGCUGAUCCUCCUGGAGGAAGCCUGGAGGGAACUGUUUGUUCUGGGCAUAGCGCAGUGGGCCAUUCCGGUGGACUCCAACACCCUGCUCGCUGUUUCCGGUAUGAAUACAGACAACACAGAGUCCCAGCGGAUGAAUAAAAUAAUCUCAGAAAUACAAACCCUGCAAGAGGUCGUUACCUGCUUCAGACAGCUGCGUCUGGACGCAACUGAGUUCGCCUGUUUGAAGUGCAUCGUCACGUUUAAAGCUGCAGUGCCAACGCAUGACGGGUYGGAGUUGAGGAGUUUCCGCAACGCCAGUGCCAUUGCCGCACUCCAGGACGAGGCACAGCUCACCCUAAACAGUUACAUACACACCAGAUAUCCAACUCAGCCCUGCCGCUUUGGGAAGCUGCUCCUACUUCUACCAGCUCUGCGGUCAGUCAGCCCAUCCACCAUAGAAGAAGUCUUUUUCAAGAAGACCAUCGGGAACGUGCCCAUCACAAGGCUCCUCUCUGACAUGUACAAAUCAAGCGAUAUAUGAGUUUAUUUCCGCCAUAUCAACAUUACGYGCACUAACCAAGAGUGUCUGUUAAGGCUCACAGACACAAACAUUCUAAUGAGCACGUGGCAAAUUGAACUUGAAGAACAUAAAAACCUCGAUUUUACCAAUCUUUGGGUUAGGCUUAMGUUUUGAGGAUGUAUACUGWACAAAAAUAUAAACGGAACAUGUAAAGCAUUGGUCCCAUGUUUCAUGAGCUGAAAUAAAAGAUCCCCRAAUUUUUCCUUACGCUCAAAAAGCGUAUUUCUCUCAAAUUUGGUGCACUUUUGUUACAUCCCUGUCAKUGAGCAUUUCUCCUUUGACAAAUUAAUCCACCCACAUGAAUGGUGUGGCAUAUCAAGAAGCUGAUUAAACAGCAUGUUCAUUACACAGCUGCACCUUGUGCUGGGRACAACAACAA